UAGCCACUUAUAACAAAACACCAGAGCUCUCACUAAAGUUCCCUGCUGCAAUAGCCUGACCCUUGAACUUCCGCUUGCUCAACACAAUACCACCGACUAUCAGGCCAUCAAAUGGGUCCCAUCACCACCACACUCACCGCCCUCCUCUCCCUCACAACACUCGCCCUAGCCGAGUCCCCAGCAGGGACCCCGCGCAUCAACUCCAUCUCUUACUCGGGCAGCGGCUGCCCACAGACGCAGGCCAAGUUCAGCGGCAGCCUGAACGACCCGACCCUCACCUUCAACCACUUCGCCAUCGAGUACCCCAACACGGUAAACCGGACGGCGAACUGCCAGAUCCAUCUGCAGCCCAAGGGCGUGUCGGCCGGCUGGCAGGUUUCCGUCAAGGACACGUUCGUGGACGGCCACGUGACGCUGGACCCGGGCGCGGCGCUGGAUUACUUCUCGACUGUUUACUUUAGCUCUAGUGCGGAUAAUUCUGCCACCAGCAAGGGAACACUCUCCAACGACGGCUCCGCCAGGAUCGACAAGGCAGUCACCCUCCAGAACCACUUCACCGACAGGGCCUGGUCGUCGUGCACCACGUCCUCCGAUGACGGGUUUGGCAUCUUGAACAUCAACUUUCGCGGUGCUCUCCGCAACGAGAAGUCGUACUUUGAGGCGACUAGCGAGACCUGGGACUUUGAGUGGAGGAAGUGCUGAGGUGGUUGGUUAGUUGGGACUGGUUGUUAUGACUUGCCUCUGAUGUUUCUCUUCGUUUCACGGAGGCCCUCUCUGUUGUUGUUCACCAGAGCGGCUUCUCGUUUUGUCCAUUACAACUUUUUGUUACGAUAGGGUGGGAGGGAGGCUGGUCA